AAUUUAAUUUCAGUUGUUCAAAUCUUGUCCCAGCGUCACAUCGCUGCGUCCCUACUCCCUGCAACCCUCAAGAGAUUCCUCAUCCAAUUCCAUUCCUUUUAGGUAAAGUGUUAACAGUGACGCGAAAUGGGACUGCUGUUGUCUAUCGUAAUCUCCUACGCUGGAGUGCGCGAAGCCAUUGAAACGAUUCGACACAUUCUGAGCGGAGUACUGCCGGAAAACGAACCCGACUUCCAAGAUCUCGUCGAAUACUACUCCCGGCUGCUCCAGAAGACCGCCAACCCGACCACUAACAGCGACUGGACUAAAAACUGCGGUCAAGGAUACCUUAGCUUGACAGAAGAUAAUAAUGGUCAGCUAAAAGCAGCCGCUAUCAAGUACUACGACGGUCAACCUGACUCCACAGCUAUACUGUUUUCCACAAAAAUAUCGAGCUUUGGUCAAGACUCCGUCGAGGACAGUUCAGUUCAAAACGGUGACUACAGGUCCGAAAGGUACAUACAGACAAAGACGAAAACAAUCAUACCGAACACGUUAGAAUCGUUCAGUGUUGGAACCAGAAACAGAUCACCUACGCCUUCUGAAAAUAUUUCAGAUCCCAUUCGAUAUUCGGCAAAUUCUUUCGAGCGUGACGUCGGCGAAGGCGAUGAGAGUAACGAAGCCGACGAGAAACUGACCUGGCAUUACCGCCCUUUGAGCCCCACCCCACAAACGCAAACACUGCCUGAAAUACAUUUCCAAUCAUUCGAUGAGGACAAGCGAGGAGUUUACAGCGAAGACUUUUUAAGAUCACUUGAUGGAAUUAAGUUCCGACCGUUGCAACGAAAUGACCCGAGUGGGCGGCGCAGGAGUUUCAAAAAGCGUCACUCGUCGUCGUCGAACUCAUCCAAAGAGUCGAGGGCUUCUCGCGAGGAGGAACUAAAGAUGUUCACGUCUCUAGAGGAAACAGAAUUCGAGCGUAUGGGUACAAGUGAUCAAUUCACGGGUUAUGGAAGCACUCCUAAUUUAGCAGCGCGUUCUUAUUCCAGAAGUCGUUCGAGAGAGAAUUCCAAGGAGCGAAGACAAGAAACGUGGAGCGUGGACGCGUCAGUUGACAGUGCUGCCGACGACGAGGUGUCGGACCUAAAGCCCAAACUGAAAGACUUGCCGAAACUCGACUCCUUCGAGGAAGAAGAAACGAAAGAGAAAAAGGUAACGGAUGAAGAGGAAGAAGAUUUAGACGAUUUCUGGGGUAGCUCCGACUAGUGAAUGGAGAUUAGCGCCGCUUGGACAUUAACUUGAGCACGAAUGCUGGUAUGGAAGCUUCGAAAUGAGCAUGACUGAUUGUGAGAACUAAAUUAUGAUUAAAUUUAUGAUUCCCUGUU